AGACUAUCUUAGCAAAACAGCUCAAAAAGUAGAAAGUCUCUUAAAAACUGAAGAGAAAGAGGAAUCGAAAAAAGAAGCAAUGAGUAUAGAAACACCUGAUAAGCAAGAGAUAAAGGAUAUCUCUUAUAGUACAGAUGAUAAAAUGGAAGAUACUCAAAAAGAAACUAAACAAGUAACCACUUUUUUAGAAACAGAACUUACAACAAGAGAUGAGCUUGCAUUAGAUGGUCUAUCUUUUAAAGAUAAUAACAAAGAGAAUAACUCUUCUCAAGAGAAUAUAUCAUCAGCAAUUUUAAUAGAAGAAGACUUUACAACUAUAUCCUACAAGAGGAAAAAAAAACAAACAAAUCAAAAUAUACAUAAGCAAGCAAUA